CUGGAAUCCCCCCGCAGGGGAUUUCCCCAAUCCAUACCGAGGGUCUAAUAGCCCCAGCACAUUAAUAUUUGUUGUCGGCUCUGCCGUCGUACCGAUGCUUUGACAGAUACUUACUUACUCUCUGGCGAAGCCUGCCCAUCUUGAUCCUCGUGCCAUACCAAUCAGUACUAGGGCUGUUUCCUUUUCCUGCUCCAGAAAGUCUAGGGUUGAAGGUGAAUCGCCGCCAUGACAACAUUCACCAAACUUAGCGAGCCGGCUGCGCCGAGUAUUUCCAUCCACCCGGCCAGACGCCUUUCCAAGAUCAACCCGAAUAUCUAUGCGGGGUUCACAGAACACAUGGGUCGGUGCAUCUACGGGGGCAUCUACGAUCCGGGAAACCCAUUGUCGGAUGAGAAUGGCUUUCGAAAGGAUGUGCUUGAAGCUCUGAAGGAGCUCAAUAUCCCUGUUGUCCGCUAUCCCGGCGGCAAUUUUAUGGCCACGUAUCAUUGGAUUGAUGGUGUUGGCCCGAAGGAGCAACGGCCUGCGAGACCUGAGCUUGCGUGGCUGGGAACAGAGACGAACCAGUUCGGAACUGAUGAAUUCUUGAAGUGGUGCGAGGUCCUCGGGACUGAGCCUUACUUUUGCUUGAACUUUGGAACGGGCACUCUGGACGAAGCGCUGGCAUGGGUUGAGUACUGCAAUGGCACCAGAGACACUUACUACGCCAACCUUCGACGGAAGAACGGCCGUGAAGAGCCUUACAAUGUCAAAUACUGGGCCCUUGGUAAUGAAACAUGGGGUCCAUGGCAGGUGGAGCAGAUGACCAAGGAAGCAUAUGCUCACAAAGCCUUCCAAUGGGCUAAGGCCUUGAAGCUCCUUGAUCCCAGUCUAGUGCUAGUCCUCUGUGGACAGGACGGCACAGCUUCAUGGGACUAUUAUACCCUCAAGCAAUGCCUGCUCCCCGCCCACUCAGCCCUCUCCACCAGCGCUGUCCCCCUGAUCGACAUGCACAGUAUCCACAUGUACACCUCUUCGUCCUCCCACGUGCCCAACGUGACCGCCCCUCUCGCCGCCGAACGCGCCAUCGAGAUAACAUCCUCGCUGAUUGACCUCGCACGGAUCGAAAACGGAGUCCCUCCCGACCAACUCCGGCCCACGAUCUGCUUCGACGAAUGGAACGUCUGGGACCCCAUCCGUGCCGAAGGCAGCAAGGGCGCCGAAGAAUCGUACACCCUAUCCGACGCCCUCGCCGUAGCAGUGUACCUCAACGUGUUUGUCCGCAAAAGCAAAGACCUCGGCAUGGCCUGCAUCGCGCAGACCGUCAACGUCAUCUCCCCCCUCAUGACCACCAAAGACGGCAUCACCAAGCAGACGACCUGGUGGCCCCUGUAUCUGUUCUCGAAGUACAUGCGGGGAUGGACGAUCGGCGUGCAUCUGUCCUGCGCGGCGUACGAAGGCGAGACCUCACCGAAGUGGGUGCGUGGGGUGAAGGACACGCCCUGGUUGGAUGUUAGUGCCACGCUAGGCGAAGACGGGUAUGUCAAUGUCGCGGUGGUGAAUAUCCAUGAGGAGAGGGGGAUUCAGAGUACUAUUGAGGGGUCGGUGGGGGCGGUCCAGGUGUUUACAGUCUCCGGCGACAGUGUCAAGGCGUGCAAUAUGAAUGGGAAGCAGGAGGUCGGCGUGACGGAGUCGACUUGGGAAGCGAAGGGGGCGUAUCUCUUCCCGAAGCACUCGUUGACUUUGCUGCGGUGGAAGCUGGAGUAGUUAGAGUUCUUUGGGUUAGUUAUCUGCUGUUAGACAGUGAUAGAUCUGCUGGUGUUGCUUACUCACUUCCUCCAUCUAGCAAGACUUGGACAAGAGCAGGGGAUAAACUAGCUUGGUAUGCUAUUGAGUUUCAG